AUGGAAAUGGCUCUGUGGGAGAAAGAUACAGGUACAUUGCCUGAUGCCUUAUUAUUUCUUCUGUCAGUUUCUUUCAGGAAGAUCUUCAUCUUGCAACUGGUAGGGCUGGUGCUAACCUACAAUUUCACUGACUGUGACUUUGAGAAGAUUAGAAAGAAGUAUCAGGAAGUCAUUUAUCAAGCCCUGGAGAAAUAUAUGAAUGGGAUCAAAAGCACCGAAUUCAACAACCCCAUCUACUGUGAAGACCCGCCAGAUUGCCUCACUAAAAUCGAACGCAUUACCUUCUAUCCCACCCACGGCUGCACGUCUCUCGCCAAGGAAAUCUUUGCAAUAGGAACUAAUGCUGCGCUCACUCUCCAGUGCCCAGGCUACUCCGUAAUGCAGAUAAAUAUUACCCAGGCAAAGAAGAAAAGAAAGAAAAGAGAAGUUACAACAAAUAAAUGCCGGGAACAAGUUGCAUACUUAAUAGAACUGUGGCGUCAUUUCAGUCGCAUUUUGUAGAGACAAAAUAUACCUCCUUUAAGGCUGUAUUUCAUAGCAACCAAAUAA